ACUGCCCACAGGGAGAUUUUCUCGGCAGAGGCUUCCUAGCCUCCGUAGAAAUUUGCAUACAACUUCCACUUCCUGCUUCAGAGCUUGUUCGACCGCUUACCUGGGCCUGGAGAGGGAGGAGGGAGGCGGGAGCGACCCAAGGUGGAGUGUGAGAAGGAGAGAGCACGACCACCCCGUCGGCCGGUCUGUCUGUCCGUGGUGGUGCUAAGAAACUAGGAUGAACCGAAGCAUUCCUGUGGAGGUUGAUGAAUCAGAACCAUACCCAAGUCACUUACUGAAACCAAUCCCAGGCUGUUCCCGGGAAGAGGCAUCCGAGCCACCUGCUCCAAAUCUAAGGAACAUGGCACCCAACGGCUUGUCUGCACCCCAAACCCCUCACUGUUCCUCAGGAGACUUUUCUCAGGCUCAUCCACCCCUGAAACUUUCCAAUCACCUGCGGCCUGUGUCCCAGCAUGUCACCUGCCUGCGCACUAAAAUCCUGGAGGAGAGCGAAGACAGCUUCUGGAGGAGACACCCGGACCCAGGCAAAGAUUUUCCCUCGGGUUCCUCUGCAGCCUGCCAGCACGAGCCUGAGUCUGUGGUUGGAGCCCUCCCCCUGGAGCAUCAGUUUUCAUUUAUGGAAAAACGGAAUCAAUGGCUAGAAUCUCAGCUUUCAGCAGCUUCUCCUGACACUGGCCAUGACUCAGAGAAAUCAGACCAAAGUUUACCUAAUGCCUCGGCAGACUCCUCGGGCAGUAACCAAGAGACGGUGCAACAGCCCCGGCCCCACAGGAACCGAGCAGCUCCAGAUCUGCCUACAAUAGACACGGGGUAUGAUUCCCAGCCCCAGGAUGUCCUGGGCAUCAGGCAGCUGGAAAGGCCCCUGCCCCUCACCUCUGUGUGUUACCCCCAGGACCUCCCCAGACCUCUCAGGUCCAGGGAGUUCCCUCAGUUUGAACCUCGGAGGUACCCAGCGUGUGUACAGAUGCUGCCGCCCAGCCCUCAUGCUCAGUGGAACUGUCAUUACCAUUGUCCUGGAGGUCCCCAUCACCAGGUGCCAUGCGGCCUCGACCACCCUCAAGCAGCCUACCAUCAAGUGUUCCAGCCACGCGGGCAGCCCCUCCCGGGAGCCAGCGGGCGAGGCCCACACCCUGUGCAGAAGGUCAUCCUGAACUACCCCAGCCCCUGGGACCAAGACGAGAGGCCGGCACAAAGAGACCACUCCCCAGGGCUCCCAAGGGACCAACUAUAUCAUCAGCCACCUAAUCGAGCGGGAGUUCCUGAGGAGUCCUUGGAGUGUCCUGCAGAGUUGAGACCACCAGCUCCCCAGGCUCCAUCCCCAGCUGCUGUCCCCAGACCCCCUAGUAACCUUCCAGCCAGAGGAACUCUGAAAACAAGCAAUUUGCCAGAAGAAUUACGGAAAGUCUUUAUCACUUAUUCUAUGGACACAGCCACGGAGGUGGUGAAAUUCGUGAACUUUUUGUUGGUAAAUGGCUUCCAAACUGCAAUUGACAUAUUUGAGGAUAGAAUCCGAGGCAUUGAUAUCAUCAAGUGGAUGGAACGCUACCUUAGAGAUAAGACAGUGAUGAUAAUUGUAGCAAUCAGCCCCAAAUACAAACAGGAUGUGGAAGGUGCUGAAUCACAGCUGGACGAGGAUGAGCAUGGCUUACAUACUAAGUACAUUCAUCGAAUGGAACCUGCCAGUCCUGGGAGCUGACAGCUGGUGUGUGGGAAGGGCUCCAGGUCCCUGCCAGUUCCUGAGGAAACCUGUCAAGGUCUGCUGGUGUGUGGCCACGCCAGGCAGUAAAACGCAGCUCAACCUCAGAGUUUGUCUGACUGUGCCCAGCCAUGAACCAGAUUGUCUCCAAACUCAGUGUCUGGGGACAUGGAUGUCUUGGGCCCUUCCUUAUCACUGAAGGAGUUGAAGAGGCCUGAUACAGAAGUGCCUUCCUGCCCAACUGGCUGACCUCCAGGUCCCCUCCAGGCAGCAGAAACCUCUAGGACAGAGGGAGUGAAAAGGUACCCAGGAGUAACCGCAUUAUAGAGCCAGUGACUUCACGAAAAGCCGGUAUCUGGAAAUACGAGAGAACUAUAAUCUGCUGCUGCUGUCUGGCCCGCCGGCAGGCUGGGUAGCCUAGCAGACAAGCAAAAUUUUAGAGACAGGGUCCUGGGAAGUCAGAGGUGAAAUCCAGUUCUUUACUUUUAGCUUCUAAACCCUGUGCCCUUCCUUUCACGUGUUUGUCCUGAUGAUUGGUGCUUUCAUUUGCACUGUACGUGGGUCAUUUUAAAAUAUGCUUUUGGUCCUCUGGAUUUUAAAAGACAGCGGUUCUGAGAAAACACCGUGUAGGGCAUUUGUGUGUGGUGUGUGUGUGUGUGUGAGUGCGCACGCGUGAGACCGUGUUUGUGGGUUUCUAUGGUGACUUCAAUAACCAACUGUCACCACUGUCACUUCUCUGUCCUGUUUGUAUUCCCCUGCACAAUGAAGAUUUCUCAGUUUUAAAAAUCAAUUGGAAGAUGAGAUACUUGGGGACACAUAAUUCCUCAUCUCCUUGUCAUCAGAUGACUGACUGAGAGCUUUGUGCUGGUCACAGGAUUGGGAAGACUCCCAGCUCCGCUCAUCUUGAAAAUUCUGGUUUUGAUACAGUUCUUGGCAGCUGAGUCUUUUGGGGCCACAGCAGUGUCAGAGCAAACUGGAACCGUGUGGGGAACCUACAUGUUCUGUGGCAGGCAGAGCUCCUCACGGUUGACACCCCCCCCUUGCCCCACCCAGCCUCAUCUCCCAUCCCCUCCCUAGCCCAUCCUGUGCUCUAGCCACAAAGCAUUGUUGGCUGGCCCCAACCCCACUAAAAUUCUUUCACACCUCCAAAGGUUUGCUCUUGCUGUUUCGUCUGCUGGGAGUGUCCUUCCCCUCUCCCCCACUUCCUCUGCCUGAUCAAAUUAUUCUUGUCUUCCAGUAUCUAAGUGACACAUCCCCUGUAACUCUUCAAAUCACUGAUGCAGAAUGGAUGGCCCCCAUUUUGGCCUUCCACAGCAAUUUGUUUAAACUUUUCACACUGCACCGUGGUUGGCAAUUUACCCUUCUUCCUCCGCACCAAUCUGCUGACUUUCGGAGAAUAGGGAUUGUAUCCGUAGUGUUCCGGUAAACUGGUUCUCAAAAAAAAAAAAAUCCUGAUUUGUAGCAUUUCCCCAUUUCCAUGGUAUAAAUACUCUCAUUAGGGCCCAUUUCAAGCUACCAGUGUAAAAUCACUGAACAAGGAAUUAGGAAUGGAUGCAUACAACUGGCUUUUGUGAGCAGAUAGGAGCCAGCUCAGCACACCCUGGAGGGUAUCCUAAUCCUUGAAACCCAAGGUCGAGCACUGAGUGUGAUGUUUAACAGGCCUUCAACAAAUGAUUCGUGUGUAUGGCAUGCAUGUGUCAUGGGGGGCACCUGACAGGCGAAGUGUGUGGCCCUCGAAAUCAGAAUAAAAACGCUGUGUGGGCCUUGCAUGAUUGUGGGUGCCAUUAACUCCUCCUCCUCAUUCCUGAAAUCAAACUUUCACAUUCCUUCU